AUGAUAUCUAUAACCAGAGGUAUCAGGGGGUUGCGUGCGGUGGCCCAGCCAUGGUCGGUUUUAGUACGUCACCAGAGCAGUGCUGGUGCAGCAGCAGCAGCAGCAGCAUCAACUGAACCAAUCGUACCAAGCCAACCAUUUGAAUCAUUAGAAGGAAACAGCUUGACUGAAUUAGAAAAAAGGGACGAGAUUUAUAGAAAGCAAAGAAAAUUGACUUUACAAUCCAUCGAACUAAAGUCGUACGCUAACGGACACUUACAACCAGGAUCCACACAUUUCAAGAAACCAGUUCAUCCCCAUUUACAUAAAGGACAACCAGUGAGAGAAUUGACCGCAGCCAAGAAGAAAACCGCCGGUAGAAACAACCAGGGGAAGAUCACCGUUCGUGGUAGAGGUGGUGGACAUAAACAAAGAGCCAGAUUUGUGGACUCUUAUCGUUUAAGACCCGGGGUUCAAACAGUCGUUAGAAUAGAAUAUGAUCCAAAUAGAUCGGGACAUAUCGCAUUGUUGAAACACGAGGAAUCAGGAGACUUAUCGUAUAUUUUGGCUGCAAACGGGUUAAGAGCUGGAGAUGAAGUUGAAUCUUUCAGAAGUGGAUUACCAGAAGAUUUUGUUCAAGAAAUGAAACAACUGAAUAAUGGUGAAAUAGAUGAAGCUUUAUUGAACUCUCGUAUUAUGAAAAGGGGAAACUGUUUACCUUUGAAAAUGUUACCAACCGGUUCUAUUAUACAUAAUAUAGGUAUUCGUCCUGGUGGGAAAGGUCAAUUUAUUAGAUCUGCCGGUGCUUUUGGUAGAUUAUUAGCUAAAUUACCUGAUCAAAGAAAAGCCCUCGUCAAGUUAUCUUCUGGUGAACAACGUUAUGUUCAUCUUGAAAGUCAUGCCACCUUAGGUACCGUGUCUAAUAGCGAACAUUCAGCUAUCUCCUGGGGUAAAGCUGGUAGAAGUCGUCAUAGAGGUUUUAGACCUCAAGUAAGAGGGGUGGCUAUGAAUGCUCAUGAUCAUCCUCAUGGUGGUGGUAGAGGUAAAUCCAAGUCGAAUAAAUUUACUCAAUCUAUGUGGGGUCUUAAGAAAUUCUCUAAAACUAGAACUAAAGCAAAUCCAAACAAAAUGUUGGUUAGAGGUAAACCAAGAAGAACUGAUAAUUAAUCUUUUUAUUUCACAAACAUAUAUAUUUAUAUAUAUAAACUUUCCUUGUACAUAUAUCUAUUUAAUCAAAUUACAAAUU